AACAUAUAUAAACGGGUUGAGUGUGUGUGUGUGAUGUGUGUUUGAUGGAAAUAUUCGUUUCUUUUUCUGUUGGCUUCAUUAUUUCAUUUAUUAUUAUGUAAUUUUUUUUGCAGUGGUUGUUAUGAAUCUAUCAUUUCUAUACGUAAUGUUUUUAUGAAUAAAAAAAUGUCGUUCCAAUUGAAACAUUCAUUACUUGACAUUAUUUUUUUGAUUAUUAUGAUGAUUACGAUGAUGAUCGAUUCAUCUUGUUCUAUUCGUAAUAAUGUUCGAUGUGUUUUAAAUGGAAAUACUCGAAGAUGUAUUAACGAUGGUCCUGGACAUCAUCAUCAUCGUAACCAGAAUCAUAAUCCUGAUGAAUGCAAUGUUCGACCCAAUUUAAACUUUGAUAAUGACAACAACAAUUUCAAUGGUGGCAGAUUAGGUGAACCUUAUAAACCUUCUCUUUGGCGAAAUCGAAUUAAUAACAAUAAUAAUAAUAAUAAUGUGACAAAUCGACCAUUGGAUUCAUGGCCUGGACAAAAUCAUUGGAAUUCAAAUCGAAUGAAUAAUCAUAAUAGUGGUGGUGGUGGCGGUAAUAGUCAUUCUAAUCAAAAUAAUAAUGGCCACGAUGGAGAUUCAUCAAAUCAGAAUUCCAAUCAAGUAAAAAACAAUAUGAAUAAUCCGAAUAGUAGUAAUAAUGGCGUUAAUUCUAACAAAAACAAUAACAACAAAAACAAUGGCAAUAGUAAUAAUAAAGAUAUCACUACAACUGAAUCAAUCAAUGAUAUUGAAAAAUUUUUAGUUGGUCGUCGAAAACGUCGUCGUCGACGACGUCGUAAUGCAUUGUGGAUGAAUCCAAGCCUUUUUAUUCAUCGUGGAAUUGGCCGUAGUUUAUCGAAUGGCUAUAGUCAUAAUAGUGAUGAUGACAAUGAAACAAACGAUGAUUAUGAAAAUAACAAUAAUGAAAUGAGUGAUCAUGGAGUUUAUGAUCGAAAUAAUGGCAAUAAUAACAACAAUAAUCAUUAUUAUAAUAAUCGAUUUAAUGGAAUUCGAACGAAUAAUAUUCGAGAUUAUUGGGAUCGUUUUGGCAAUGGUAUCGAUCACGAACAACAACGUGAUCGUCAACGUGAUUCAUCAUCAUCAUCAUCGAUGAUGAAUAAUCAACAAUAUCCGAUUCGGCCAUUCUUUUCAUUACAACAAACACGAACAUUUCCGUCAUCAAGACGUUCUUUUCGUUGGUUUUAAUAAAAAAUCUGAUUUAAAAUUAUAAAAAAAACAUUUAUAAACAUAUAACUAACAAAAUCAUACACUUCAUAGAACAUCAAUGCAAAUGAAUUCAUUUGUUAUUAUCAUUGAAAUUUUCCAUUUCCAUAAUACAUUCUUUUCGACUAUAAAUUC